AACGGUGUUGAGGUGGAAAAGUCCAUUGCAUUUUCGAAAAAUGAUUUCUCAUCAAUAAUUAUUGUGGUAAAUAUUAAUCUUCAUCAAGAUGGGUGUGCAUGGUUUGUGGCAAUUGUUAAGUUCUACAGGUAAACCUGUACCUCUAGAAUCUCUGGAAGGAAAAGUUCUCGCUGUUGAUGUAAGUGUAUGGCUACAUCAGUUAUCUAAGGGUAUGCGAGACAGCUCGGGCAAUCCUCUACCUAACGCACAUCUCCAUGGCUUGUUUACCAGGAUUUGCAAGUUACUGUAUUACAGAAUUAAACCUGUGUUUGUGUUUGAUGGAGGGGUUCCUAUGCUGAAAAAGCAGACAUUGGCUUCCAGACGAAACAAAAGGGAAGAUGCUGAAAAAACAAGCUCCUUAAUGCAACAGAAGAUUCUUACCAAUCUGAUUCGUAGUCAGGCUCUCAAAGAAGCUUGUGGCCUGGAUAAACUACCAAAUUUACCUCCACCACCAAAGAGCUCUGCAAAGGGAAAUAAAGAUGUGCUGUACCAGUUACCUCCUGUACCAGACACUUCUGUACCGUAUAUGUCUCAAAGAAGUGAAGAGGAUAAGACUUAUAUUCAAAGAAGAGAACUGCAAGAAAUGGUGGAGGACCAGUAUGAAGACAUCAGCAAGAUUGAUGUAGAGUCUGAGGAUUUUAAAGCUCUGCCACCUGAUGUACAGCAUGAAAUCAUGACAGAUAUGAGGUUACGCAAGAAAAAUUACAACCUGUCAAAAAUUGUUGAUUUACCUGAUGAUUCUAAAGAUUUCUCCAAAUACCAAAUGGCGAAGCUUCUAAAGCACAAUAAAGUUAACACCAGACUGGAAGAAGUCCGUAAAGAAAUGAACACUAGACAGACACGUUCUUUGACAAAAAACUUCAAAGGAAGGUUUCAGGAUUCUGAUGACAUUUAUUCUCAAAGAGUUGUGUCCGAGGACUCAGCUCACUAUAUCCUUGCCAAAAGAAACUUGUCACAAAAGAAAGAAGACAAGAGUAGAAAAAUGAUGGAGGUGGAGGCGGAAACUGUUACUGAUAAGCUUGAAGUGAUAGCAGAAGUUGAUGAGUUAAUUGUAGAUUCUGAUGAUGAUAGUGCUGGUGAGGUAGACAUAUUAGAGGAGAGUCGACUUAUAUUUGAGGAGUUAAGUGGUAAAACUGAUGAACCCGAUAGUAACACUGAAAACAAAAGAAACAUUAGUGGUAAAACUAAUGAACCUAAUGAUAACAUUGAAGACACAAGAAACAAAACUAUGAAGCAUGUGGGAGUAAAUAGGAUUGAAAAACAAGAAAAGGAUAAACCUAGAUUCCGUGCAGUAAUUGAAGUGGAGUCUGAUUCUGGUACAGACACUAGUGAUGAUAGUGUUAAGGUUGUUGGUGAUGAAACAGUUGUUUUAGAUGACUCUAAUGUUGAUCCUGAACUGCAGUUUGCCAUCGAGCUCUCACUGCAGGAACAAAGACAUACAAAUGUAAGUAAAGUUAAGAAGUUAAGAGUUCAAGAUACUGAACUUUAUAAAAAGACUGAAAAUGUUGAUGCAGUAAGUACUAAGAAUAAACAUUCAAACAGAUCCGGAAUUCCUGUUGUAACUGCUGGGAGACAAACUCGACAAAGAUCAACUGAAAAAAGACAACAAGGAAUCAUUGAAGCUGAGAAGUCAACAAAACAUCAGAAUAAACAAAGUAAAGUUGAAAAUUUGAUUGGAAGCAGUGUUGCAGAUAGUGAUGAUAUAAACAAAGAAGGUAGAAUGUGUUCUAGUGAAAGUAAUGGAAGGGGUUUUAAUGAUUCUAAAAAGGAAAAUAAAGUUAAUGAAAGGAACAAUGGUAAAAGUUCUGUUGAUGAACAGAGUAACAAGGAGACAUAUACAAGCAGAAGAACAGUCACCAUAGAGAAGAAGUCUGGGAUAUUGAAGCGGAAUAUUUCCUGUCUCUCCAAUGAAUCAGAUGGAAGUGGUGAAGAGCCUAAUAAAGUAAGGAAGAUAGAUUUAUCUGAUGUUGACACUGAUGCUGAUGUCUCGGAGUCUUCUGAGUCUGAUGGAGAUUUUAUUGAAGUGAAGGUUGACUUAACUAAAGUAAGAGAAGACAACUUGUUUCCAGCCAGUAUGUUUGAAGCAGUGGAGGUAAUUGAACCUGAAUCCAUGGACAGUAAAGACAAUAUUAUUCAAAUUAAUGACAGUGCAGCUGAAGAUAAUGACUUAGCUGUUGUAGAGAAGGAAAAGGGAUCAACAAUUGGUGAAGUCAAUGAUAAGAUAAAUGACCAGAUUACAGUAGUAGACAGUGACACUGGAGAUAUGGAGAAUGAAACUGACAAUGAUGAGUCUAAAAAUAGAACUGAAAUCAAUGUGGAUGAGAACCUUGAAGUAAGAUCAACAGGAAGUGAUGUCAUGAAAGCAGAUGAUGAUGUCACCAUGGUUUCUGAAGCAGACGACAUAUCUCUAGAUUCAACAGAAGUGCCUUUAAGCAUGAAAGAUGUCAAAGAACGACCAUCAAGCCCUUUGGUACCCAACCUAGUGAGGCAGUUUGAAAGUUUGAAUGAACAAAGUGUUCGAGGAAUGAGGGAGAAUUUAGCAUCAGAGAACAGACAGUUAAGAUUAGAGCAAGGGAGACAAGAGAGGCUUGCAGUGUCCAUUACUGAUCAGAUGCAUUCAGAAGCUCAGGAAUUACUUCAGCUGUUUGGUAUCCCAUAUAUUGUGAGCCCAACAGAAGCUGAGGCCCAGUGUGCUCAAUUAGAGCUUAUAAAGCUUACUAACGGAACUAUAACAGACGACAGUGAUAUUUGGCUUUUUGGCGGGAAAUGUGUUUUCAAGAAUUUCUUCAAUCAGCAGAAACAUGUAGAAUGCUUCAAAGAUGUGACUAUUAGCUCACAGCUAGGAUUGACCCGUGAAAGUCUUAUAAACAUAGCCAUGUUGUGUGGUAGUGACUACACGGAGGGAAUACGAGGGGUCGGGCCAGUCACUGCCAUGGAAAUCCUCGCUAAAUUUCAAGGAAAGGGGCUGGAAAGUCUUCAGAAAUUGAAAUCAUGGUGGGAAGAUGCACAGAAAGAUGUUAGGAUCUCAGUGACGACCUCAAAACUUCUGACAAAACUCAGGGAAUUGGAUAUAAGUGAAGGAUUUCCCAACACACAAGUGGUAGAGGCAUAUUUAUCUCCUGUUGUUGAUGAUUCCACAGAGAAGUUCACUUGGUCGUUACCAAACCUAGAGCAACUAAGACAAUAUCCUUUAUACAAGCUGAAAUGGAACCGUGAAAAGACAGAUGAAGUUCUAUUACCUGUAAUAAAAAGAUUGAGUGAAAAACAGUCACAGAGAAGUAUAAGUGCAUUUUUUCAACCAGAAGUUUACAUGAACCCUGCUCCUGUAAAGAGCAAGAGACUGCAAAAAGUGGUUAAUAAAUUUGUCAAUCCCUCCGAGGAACAAGGAGAUUCUGAUAAUGAGCAAGACAAGAAAAAGACUAGGUCAAAAGGUCAAGGUGAAGGUAAAAAGUCAAGGUCAAAAGGUCAGUCAGGUGAAAAUGAGACAGUAGAUCCUGAAGGAAUGCCUGAAUCAGCAGGUGUAGGAAAAGAACCUGUAAAGGGAAGAGGUAAAGCUUCAAAUAAGAAAACAAAAGAGGCUAGUCAGUCAAAAGACAAAAGUGCAGAACAAGAAAAAAGUAAACCAGAUUCUGAGUUCGUGAGUGAUAAAGAAAUUGAUAGAAAAGGUAAAGUUGCAUGUAAUGCAGAACCAGACCUAGAAACAAAGGUACGUGGUAAACCUGCCCGUGGGAGAGGUAAGGGUCGAGGAAGAGGCAGAGGUCAAGGGCAAAGUUUGAGGUCAGGGAAUACAAAGAUUGAGAAAGGGAAGAUUAUUUCAUCAGAUAGUGACAGUGUUGAUUCAGAAAGUGACUCUUCAACAUCAUCUUCAGAUGAUGAUUACGAUGACAGUAGUGAUCAUGAUUCUAAUGAUGAUGAAAAAAAUGUUGUGCAAACUGGUUUAAACAUAGAUGAAAUAUUAAACCUUAAGAUGGGGUGCACCUUUGAUGAAAUGAAAAGAGUUAAGAAGUAUAAACAAAAAGGAAAGGUGGUUGAAAAUGUAAUGAAUGUGAAUGAAAUCUUGCAUCUUGAAAGUGGAGCGGAUGGAGAAAGUAAAGAAGUUGAUGAAUGUUUAGUUAAGGAAGAGGAGGAGGAAGAUGUAACUGAAAAUGUUGAUGGUGAUAAAGUUGAUACUGAAAAAAUUGAUGAAGAGAAAUUUAAAAAUGAAGGAGGUUUUAUCAGGGAGGAUGACUUUGAAAUGGAAGAAUGUCCUGAAUUAGAAUCUGAAGAUUUUAUGAUGCAUCUUAAGACUUUAGAGGAUAAAUGUGCAAUUGAUAAUGAGUCUGCAAAGAUUCAAGAUAAACCAAAAGAUUUACAGAAAAAUGUUCCUGAAGAAAGUGAAAAGAAAAAGAAGAAAUCAAAAAUGGUGGAAAACACUACUGCCACUGAAGACUCUUGUAAAAUUGAAACUAAAAGAACUAGGUCAAGCCGAACAAAUAGCAAGAGGGAUAAAUCUAAAGUUUUGCAAUCUGUUACUCAGGAAGACGCUGAGCCUGUAGAAGAUGAAGAUGAUAACAUAAAGGACGAUGGUAAAUUUGGUGGUUCUGUUGAGUCUGAAGUAUUGAACACAUCUGAUAAAAUAAAUGUUCGAGUUGAAGACAAAACAUCUAUAGAGUCUGUGAAAAUAGAGGUUUCAGAAAUAGAUGAGACUAAUGUAGAAACUGCUAGUUGGAAAAGUGGGAAGAAUGAAACAGAGACAACAGUAAAACCAAUAAAGCCUGUAAAAACUGAAACCAAAUCAAAAAAGGCAAAACCUGACAGUAUUUAUAAAACUGACCCAAUUAAACCUGUAGUUACUGGGUUACCUUGGGCAGAAAAGAGGAGAGGGCAGAGGAGGGGACAAAGUGCGAGGGGUCAGGGGAAAUUGAGACUUCAUACUAUAGCUCCAGUGGAGACAGUUAAGAAGAAAUCAAAACCAGCUGAAAAGAAGAGAUUUGAUUGUGUAAAUUUAUCAGAGAGUGAUUCAGAUGAUUAAAAAAGAAUAUUUGUGCAUGUUUUAGGUUAAUAUACCUCACUUUAUAGUUAAUACUUUAUGAUGUUUUUGUUAAGAUGUUGUUAUUGAAAUAUUAAGAUAAAUGAAUUUUAAACCGCCUCCGUGGUCGAGAGGUUAGAGUCGAUGACUUCUAAUCCAGUUACCUCUCUGGCGUGGGUUCGAUCCCAGGGAGAUGCUUUGGUAGUUUAGGGCAGAGGAAGGUAGUCUAGUACUGGUGAAACUCUCCAGGAACGAUGGUUAGGAAACUACCCGCCUAUAUGACUGAAAUACUGUUGAGAAAAGGCGUAAAAUGAAACAAGCAAACAAACAAAUGAAUUUUAAUUGAAAAUUGAUUAAUUUACUUGAUUGAUUUAUACAUUUAUGUUUUUCCUUUCGAAAUAAGUAAAAAUUUAUUUGUUUCUGAAUAACUGGGAUGUUAUAAACUAAAACUGGAACUUUGAUAAUUGUAUUUUGGUAUUUAAGUAAUUGUUCUGAAAUGAAACAUGAUAUCAUUAAAUGAACAUAUUUUAUAAGUCUUAAUAACUGUUGCUAUUUGUUACACAUAUCAUGCUGGUGCUAUAUUUAUAUUUCUGUCCACUUACAAGUUGUUAUAAAAUCUUAAAGGAGCUCCACUGGGGUCCAAAUUGCCUAAAAACAAAAGUUUGGAAUUCUUCCAUAGAUUAAGUGACACACUUUAAAGGAAAAUUCUGCAAAAGAUAAUAAAGGAAUAAACUCAAAGAAUAAACUCAGACUAAUAAAUUGAAAAUCGAUUGUGGCUGAAUUUUUAGCCUACUUUGAGUGAAAAGCAUUGCAAGACUUUUGCAUUUGUUGGUCAUUUUGUACAAUAAAAAUACGUAUUCUGGAAAAAUGGAGUUAGGGAAUGAACUGAAAUUUUUCACACAAGUUAUUAG